AUAAGUGAUUGCCAAUCAUAAACACAAAUACUUUUCACUGCACAUCAACGGAUUACCCGUAAACGCGUGGGCAUGCACAAAUGUUAUGAAUAUAUCAAACCAAAAAAAAAAUAGUAUUAUCAACCGAAUCUAAUCCAGUAAAAAAGAGUAUUGGCUUGCGGACAAAAAAGAAAAAUUAGUGUUUCACCCAACAUGCACUAGUGCUUGUAUGAAUAAUAUGCAUUACGAUGUCUAGAUACGCACUUAAAUUGUGGCAAUCUGUAAUUACCUUUUAUAGGUGGGAGUCGAAUAGGUUUCCAACUACUAAACCAACCACAAAGAAAAUCCUUAUAAAAAACCAAAAAAUAAAAAAUAAAGCAGCAGAAGAAAUACCUGAUAGUGUACGACACGGACUUCAAAUCCUAGUCCGAUUACUAGAAAGCACGGCAACAGUACGGAAAUCACGUUCUCCUUUUCCAUUUCCAUUGGAAGAAAGGGCAUUUGCGUAAUUUCAACCCACCCCACGGGUACAGGUUCGUUGAUUCACUUCGAAUCUUCAGCCGUUAGAUUCUACAUGAAACACGUGGCGGGCGCAGAAGGAACGAUUCCAUUUACACCCCGAAUAUUCUCCCGAAACAUUCCCGUAACCAUCGCGCCUAUUAAAAUCCCAACGAAACCAACCCAACCUCCCGUUUGACUCCGAAAAUCACAGAAUUAGUUACACUCAUGAGUGAGGCACUGCAGCGAGACUACCAGCUGUGCGAGGAGCUUGGCCGUGGACGAUUCGGCGUCGUUUUCAAAGCCCAGAGGAACGGCGACGUUUUCGCGGUCAAAUCGAUCGACAAGCGAAUCGCCGACUCAGGCGACUCGCUCGAUGCCCAAUGUCUGUUGACGGAGCCGAAGAUUUUGAAGCUUUUGGCCUCGCACCCCAACGUCAUCAACCUCCACGACCUCUACGAAGACGACGACCACCUCCACAUGGUCCUCGACCUCUGCGAUGCGCCCGAUCUCUACCGCCGAGUCACUCUCGGAGUCUUCUCCGAGCCCGAGGCCGCCUCGGUCAUGACUCAGCUCAUGCUCGCCGUCGCGCACUGCCACCGCCUCGGCGUGGCUCACCGGGACAUCAAGCCGGACAACAUCUUGUUCGACGGUCGGGACCGGCUCCGGCUCGCCGAUUUCGGAUCGGCCGAGACGUUCGGGGAUGGCGAGACGAUGAGCGGCCUCGUCGGAACGCCGUACUACGUGGCGCCGGAAUUGGUGGCUGGAAGGGAGUACGGGGAGAAGGUCGACGUUUGGAGCUCCGGCGUUGUUCUGUACAUAAUGCUGGCCGGUUUCCCACCGUUUUACGGCGAAACGGCGGAAGAGAUCUUCGAGGCGGUGCUCAGAGCGAACUUGAGAUUUCCGGUCAGGGUUUUCAACGGCGUCUCGGCUUCCGUCAAAGAUUUGUUGAGGCGGAUGCUGUGUAAGGACGUUUCCAGAAGGUUCUCGGCUGAGCAAGUCCUCAGACAUCCAUGGAUUACAAGCGGGGGAGGGGCCAGAGCUGGGGCUGAUUAAUCGUGAAGCAUCUAAUUAAGCCUCCUCAUAAAUAGAUUUUGUAAAAGCUUGGUGCUAGCUACUGUACAUAUAUGCCAUGGUGUCGGGAAAAAUGAAAGCAUUUGUAGUUGCUUUCCCGGAAAAGAAAAAGGAAAAAAGCGAGUGUUUUUUCUUUCUCUGCGCUUGAUAUUGGAGUGUUUUUCUGUGUUUUUUUUUUCUUUUUUGUUUGGUUGUUUUUAAUUUUAAUAUGGUGGUGGUAUGUGUAAUGAGAGCCUUGGAGUUGAGUUUCCUCUGGUUUCUGCUAUUAUUUAGCUCUUGAAAACUUAAAUUUUGAUCCUAAUAACAGAUAAGGGGUUUAUAAGAAAAA